AUGGCGCCGCUCCAGGUGCUGCUGCUGCUGCUGCUCGGCGCGGGGGUCCCGGGGGUCCCGGGGGUCCCGGGGGUUUCGGGAAUUCCGGGAACUUCCGGAAUUCCGGCGGUGCCGGCCCCGGGAAGGAACCACGAGGAGCUCCCCGCUCCCUCCCGGCCCCUUCCCCGCCGCCGUCGCUCCGCGGCCGCCGCGUCCUGGCUGCGCUGGGCGCCGUUCCGCGGCCGCAUCCCGGCCGACGCCGUGUCCAGCCGCAGCGGCCGCUCGGGCCGCCUGGAGUUCGUCUGCUCCACGGCCGCCCGCGGCUGCAACCUGGGCGCCUUCGACCCCGCGCGCGGCGCCUUCUGCUCCUUCGCGUGGGCCGAGCGGGAGCUGCGCAGCGCCGACUUCCAGCUGCUGCUCAACCCCGGCGGCUUCGAGGCGCUCGACUGGGUGGACGCGUCCUUCGGCAGCGCCCCCGAGGGCGCCGUGGAGGGAUGUCCCCUCGGCGACCUCUUCGUGGGCCGCAGCCCGGACGGGCUGGGCAAGGCGUCCAGGGAGCAGGAGGCGCUCUUCGUGGCCGUGGACGGCGAGGAGGUUUGGUACAAGUGGUACCAGGUGCUGGUGGUGCGCCAGGGCGCCGCCGGCGUCGCCAUCGCCGACGUGUCCUACAACGGCAGCGCGGCGCUGGAGAGCGCCCAGGACGCGGAGCUGGCCGAGGUGCUGGCGAGGAACGACGGCUGCGAGGCGGCCGAGAGAUCCGUCACCUUGGAGGAGGCCACCGAGGUGGAGCACGGCUGGAGCGCCGAGCUGCCGGCGCUGGCGGCCGCCCGCGGCGUGCUCCGGGCGGCCCCGCUGCUCCCGGCCGAGCGGGGCGGGUGGCGCCGGGGCAAUGUCACCGCCGUGCCGUGGGCGGGCGGCGCCAGCGUCGCCGAGUUCGCGUGGCGGAGCCACGAGGUGCGGCGGGAGAUCCCGGCGCGCUCCGAGUGCUCCGUGGUUCUCCGCGGGCUCCGCCGGGAGAUCCGCGUCCCCUUCUCGGCCCGGCUGACCAGGGAGUUCCGCUCCGGCCCCCCGCACCGCGCGGUCAUCGCCGGCUGGGCGCGGAGCCGCGCGGUCACCGACGUCCGCGCCGGCCUCGAGCGCUGCCGCCCGCUCGCCGAGCUCCCGCCGUGCCCCAGCUGAGGACGAAUCCCUGGAAUUCCGCGUUUCCUCCCCACCACCAAAACAAAAAAAAACCCCGAAAUCCGUGGGAACGCUGGGCCGCGGCGCGGCUCUUCCGUGCUUUCGGCUUUUGCGGCAUAAACUUCACCCCGGAACGCGGGGAAAUGGC